UCCAUUCUCUCACUGCACAGGUUCAGGUGAACAUGGCCGUCCCCCGUUUGAUCUGCAUCUUCAUUCUUCCUGUGUGUUUCUCAGCAGCUCUGCCUCAUAAUCCAGCUAUUAUGAAGAUGGAAACCUUCACUGAUCUCAUACAGGAGCUGGAGUCCACUUUGCCAGAAUGGUCUGCUAAGAAACUUGCUGAGCUCCUGCUGUCUUCUACCACUGAGCCAUCCCAGCCGCAUCAACAUUUGUCUGAUAGACAGGCUGCUCUUGCUCGUGAUUUGUUGUCUCACAAGGCGAUAGAUUUAGAGGAGAUGGGUUGGCAGGAACAAGGAGUUGUUUUGGCUCCUGAUGGUAGCAACGUGGCUUUAAGGUCUCUUCUGGACACUGUGGUCUGGGGGUGGAAAGCUGACUGUGAUGGAAAAAAACUGGAAAGUGACAAAAAGAAUGUGGAGUCCAGCGAAAAACCAAGGCCAAGCCAAGAGUCAGGCAGUCAUAACAUGUAUCAGGUUACAUUGCCAAGUAUGCUAGGAUUGCAUUUUGCCAGUUUCAAUGAUUCCUUGCAGGUGCCAUUAUAUGUUCCUGAUGGGUGCUGGGAUUCCAUCUCCGAUCCAAAAACCUUUCAGCUACACGGGGCCCCUUCCAGAAAUGAUCUGACACUCGCCAACAUCAAUGGAGUAUUGGAUGGUGCUCUACUGAGGGAAAUGAUCAUAAAUGAGACCCAGAAGAUGAGUGACCUACUUCAAUCUUACUACGGGGGAAUUCCAGCUAGGAGCCCAUACAGGAGGCAGAAUUUCCAGGAGCUGCUGGGAAAGGGCGAGUUAGGAAAUGAGAUAGAGAGAGCAAUUGGUUGUUACAGGAAACAAAGUAAAGGUUCGGGCCUUCCUGAUAUGACAGAAGAAGAGCUGAAAGGAACCGCAGCUGCAGCGGCCAAGCAGUUUGAGCAGCAAUAUCUGGACUGUCCUGCAGUCAUGCCUCGCUGCAUGUGGGGGGCUAAGCCAUAUAAAGGAACCCCUACCCUUCUAAACCUGCCUCUACAGCAUGUCUACAUCCAUCACACCUAUGAGCCAUCCAGGCCAUGCCUAUCCCUCACAGAAUGUAGCAAAGAUAUGCGCAGUAUGCAAAAAUUCCACCAGGAGGAGCGUGGAUGGGAUGACAUUGGUUACAGCUUUGUGGUAGGGUCCGAUGGAUACCUUUAUGAAGGACGAGGGUGGCACUGGGUGGGGGCUCACACAAGGGGCCACAACUCCAUUGGGUAUGGUGUGAGCUUCAUCGGUGAUUUCACAGCUUCAGUCCCUGAGGGUCCCAUCCUGAGCCUGGUGAGAGAUCGCUUCUUGAAAUGUGCAGUCAGGUCUGGGUAUAUCUCCUCCAACUACACUAUUCAAGGCCACCGGCAAGUGGUGAACACGUCCUGCCCAGGAGAUGCCCUCUUUCAAAAAAUCUCUACCUGGGAGAACUUUAAGGAAUCCUGAUGAUGAUCUUUUCCUCUGCUGCCAAACUGCAUC